AUGGACCCCUUUAGAUACCGUAAGGCGUAUGAAGCAAUGGUACAUACAACACAACUCAUCGAAGAACGUUUGAACCAGGAUGUUCAGCUCAACGAAGAAGGCGCGGUCCAAGACGAUGCACCACAGAUUGCUUUCCAGGAACAAGACCCGGACAGUAUGGAUUGGACGCCUACAGAAUCGAAUACUCCGCCUCCAGAAUGUGAACCACCGCCAGCUUUAUCUAAGAAAAUGCGCCACCUUCUACCUGGUGGUGGGAAUGGGGAUCUCCGGGCUGAAGAUCGCGGCGAGAAUGCAGUACUUCUACACAAGCUCAAGGAGGGAAAGAUAAUGGAUGAAUGUAUCGACAAGCUGGUUCACGAUCUACCGGACGUGUUGAACUAUCAAAAGUCACUCUCAUUCACUCCUUCUACGAUCGAAGUGCCGAAAGAUUUCGGAUUGCAGCUCAGUAUCUCGAUAAACCACCACCUCGCUCAGAUAGAGGAUCGUAAAGCACUGGAAAAGUACCGCAGGCUACUUGGCCAUCGUAAGGAUGCGAACAAGAAGAAAACUGUUAGACUUGGUUUUGACCCUGUAGACUUGAUCAGGAAGCAGGCUGUAGCUUUUGGAAAGGACGCUCCCACACCCGUUUGCACACUGGACAACGACAUACAUCCUAUCUUCCGCCUAGAGAACUGGCAUGGGUGUCCGGAUGGAAUCUAUGAGGUCUUGAAACCGGCUUUGCAACUAGCCACUCUGAUGUUGACAUCUCGAGCGACUGCUCAUUUCUGGCACACGUUGGUGUUUGGCAAAAGGGAGCAUUGCGAGAAGACUUCCGCAGCGUACGGCCAACCGUGUUUUCGUAUCAAAGAGGACGUAGCGUGGUCUGAAGAACAUCAUGUGACCUUCAAGAGUUUCCUGGACAAUCAAAUCGACACGGUUCAUUUCUAUUUCCACCAUGAUCCAUUACCACCAGAGACCGCGUACGCCUCAAUGGGCCUCGUCAAGGACUAUAAGGAAGGCUUGAUGCGAAAAAUCAAUCACAAAUGCCACACAAGUCGUAUUUGUCUUCAUUCAGACUUCUAUACAACCGCAAAGAAGCUCAGCUUACUGCGAUAUCGGGAGCCAGCGAUGGUGCUGCGAUAUAACAUGUUUCUCGCUACAUGUUUGGCGCACGAGGUUGCACACUUCUGUGAAGUGUCUGGGCCGCACCACGAUCAUCCGCUUCUCUCCGAGCCCGAGGUCUUCUUUGGCGACAACAUGUGGACAGAGAGUGGAAUCGCUUUCGAACUCAAAAUCUUCGGUGGGCGCAUACAUCCUCUGUCUAGCCGGAUUGACUGCAAAUUCGGGUUGGCUUGUCUCGACUAUCCGCUCAAAGAGCUUUAUGAUAAGGACGACAACGUUCUAUAUGCACUGCCAAUGGAUUACAUCCUUAAGCUUCAGCAAAAGGAAACGUGGGAACAAGACUUUAGCGAGGCUGGCCCGGAGGUCUUCUUCGUUCCACGCACUGGUGGCCGCUCAAUCGAGAUCAAUGGUACUAACCUCAUGAUCUGGGAAGAUGAGAAUGAUGCCGAUAUCUCCGAUCAUAUCGACAACGAGGAAACGGAAUGGAUGCGCAUGGAUGAUGGAUCGAUUACGAAGAACCCAAAAGCAAACAAUCGCAAACCACAGCGACAACCCGUAGUGCCACGAUGGAACCCAUAUAACAACCAAAAGAGGAAGCAUAAUGUCGAAACGGGAGCUCCGUGUGUUUCGAAAGAAGUAGUGGAAAUCAAGGACGAAGGAGAGAAGGAAGAACAGAAACUACAACCUCCUGAAGAUGGGGAGGUAGGCAAGAGUGCUUCUGAUCAAGAUAUGGCAUGA